GGAGCGCCUGUGGAAUUAGACACUUAAGACAUUCUCUGUCCGUUAUCGUCUUUCUCCGUGGACAAGUCAGAUAUUGUUUUGGGCAAGGAAAAGUGACGUAUUUUGGAAUUCUUUUUUUCCCCAAAGCGAAGCUUUUUUUGUGUGUGGUGUGCGUGCGUGCGUCGUUUCGUUGCCGAGCCACAAACGAGUUUUUCUGUGUCUGCGCUUGAACUUGGCCGCGAAAAAUAAAUCUCAAGAAAACUAAAAGAAAGAAGCAUGGCAGAGACAUCGGCAUCUCCGGCCAAAGCCAAGAAAGCGCCCAAGCCCAAGAAGCCGGCUUCGCAUCCCAAGUACUCGGACAUGAUACAAGCGGCCAUCGCGCACGACGCCAGCCGGAGCGGAGCGUCCCGUCAAUCCAUCCAGAAGUUCGUCCGCAAAAACUACAAGGUAGGCGACAACGCCGACGCCCAGAUUAAGUUGGCCCUCAAGCGGUUGCUGGCGUCCGGGAUGCUGCGCCACACCAAAGGCAUCGGAGCGUCCGGAUCCUUCCGACUCAACAAGCCCGACGACGUCAAAAAGCCCACCAAGAAGCCGGCCGCGGCCAAACCCAAGAAGGCCACAAAAGCGUCAGCUAAGCCACCCAGGAAGGUGGCCAAGCCCAAGAAGGCGAACAAGGCGCCGGAGAAGGCCAAGAAAGCGGCCCCCAAGAAGACCAAGGCGGUCAAGGUGAACAAGAAGGCCACGCAGACCAAAGUGAAGAAAGCGGCCGUGCAGAAAAAGACCAAGCCGGCGAAGGCGGCCAAGCCCAAAGCCAAAGCGGUCAAAAGGGCAGCCAAGCCCGCAAAGAAAGCCGUUAAAGCGGCCAAAAGAAAGUGACGGGACAAUAUCGGAACGGGCCGUGUAAAUAUUCCUGAAAGGACACCUUUUUCGUAUAUGUCUUAUUUUUGUAAGAUUCCAUGCAAACUUCUACUCGCUCUCACCUGCACCACCAAAUGGACGAAACUUAUUGAGAGCACUGGAAAUGAUCAUCUUGGCAUUUAACAUUGUGCUUGUGACAACGCUGAUCCCUAGUGACAUUCUCGAGGUUCUUGUGCUUUACUGUAAUGGAUCUGUUCAUUCCAUCCAUCCUCUUGUGCGAAUUACCCCCCUCGCCCUUUUCAUUAAUGUCGCUUCAUCACCCAAUAAAACCGAAGAGAAUGUGUUUGAAAAGUUCUUUGUCAAACUCACACAAGCGGGGAAGGUUUAACGCGCAACAAGUGCAUAUAUAUUGCUGCUGUGACAAUUGACAUGUCCCAUUGGACGAAUAAAGCAUCCGUCAUGACAUAUUUUCAUUUGUGGUAGACGCGCCUGCAGAGUAGAUUGUGGUUGUAUCGAAAAGCAUGAAGAAUCAAGGCGGUGUAACGUGGCUACUGAUUUGAAAUAUAUUAUGCACUUAAUCUGUCCACACUAUUACACUCGGCCUAUUUAUAGUCUUUACAACACACUUUGAAGAAUCAAGAGGAAAAUGGUGUUUGCAUGGGAAAAAAAAAACAAGAAUUGUAGGG